AUGGCAAUGUAUAAGCUGGGUGUGGAGGUUGUAAGUGCUCAUGACUUGAUGCCCAAGGAUGGGCAUGGUUCUGCAAGCGCUUGUGUCGAGCUCACCUUUGAUGGGCAGUGCUUUCGAACUGCUGUCAAGGAGAAGGACCUGAACCCGGUCUGGAAUGAGCGCUUCUACUUCAACAUAUCAGAUCCUUCUAAUCUUCCUGAGCUUGCCCUUGAAGCAUAUGUCUACAAUGUCAACAAAACUCUUGAAAGUUCCAGAUCCUUCCUUGGGAAGGUCAGGAUUGCUGGCACCUCAUUUGUGCCCUUCCCUGACGCGGUGGUCAUGCAUUAUCCAUUAGAGAAGCGUGGGAUGUUCUCUCGCGUCAAAGGAGAACUGGGUAUGAAAGUAUACAUCACCAAUGACCCCGCCAUCAAGGCUUCAAACCCUCUUCCUGCAAUGGAUCCUGUUUCCAAUAAUCCUCCUCCAGCACCAAGUCCAGCAGAGCAGAUUGCAGCUGAUAUAACUGGUACUAAUCUGCACACAUCUCAGGAGCAUAGGUCUGAGGCAAAGACCUUACACACCAUUGCUAAGGAGGUACAUCAUCAUCAUAACCAUGGCCAUCUUCCAGCUAGUUUUGGUGAGCAGCCUUCCAAGUACUCUGCUGACCAGAUGAAACCUCAAUCUCAACCACCCAGGAUUGUGAGAAUGUAUUCAGCGGCCUCCCAGCAGCCCAUGGACUAUGCACUUAAAGAAACUAGUCCAUUUCUUGGUGGUGGGCAGGUUGUUGGUGGCCGGGUCAUACAUGGUGAAAAGAAUGCUAGCACUUAUGACCUUGUGGAGCGAAUGCAGUAUCUGUUUGUACGUGUGGUCAAGGCACGGGACUUGCCUGAUAUGGACGUCACUGGAAGUCUGGAUCCUUAUGUUGAAGUGAGAGUUGGCAACUAUAGGGGGAUAACUAAGCACUUUGAAAAGCAAAAGAACCCAGAGUGGAAUGCAGUCUUUGCUUUUUCAAGGGACCGUAUGCAGGCAUCUGUACUUGAAGUUGUGGUCAAAGACAAAGAUUUGAUUAAGGAUGACUUUGUUGGCUUUGUGCGAUUUGAUUUGAAUGACGUCCCUAUACGUGUGCCCCCUGACAGCCCUCUGGCUCCAGAAUGGUACAGGCUUGUUGGUAAGAGCGGGGAUAAGUCCAUGGGUGAGCUCAUGCUUGCAGUUUGGGUCGGCACCCAAGCUGAUGAAGCAUUUCCUGAUGCCUGGCAUUCAGAUGCUGCAACACUUGAAGAUCCAUCUGCAGUAACACACAUGAAGUCCAAAGUUUAUCAUGCUCCCAGAUUGUGGUACCUGCGAGUCAAUAUAAUUGAGGCCCAAGAUGUUGCUAUAUUCGAUAAGACCCGCUAUCCAGAUGUAUUUGUGCGAGCACAGGUUGGGCAUCAACUUGGGAGGACAAAACCUGUGCAGGCUAGAAAUUUCAACCCUUUCUGGAAUGAAGACCUUAUGUUUGUGGCUGCUGAACCAUUUGAGGACCACCUUGUUCUGACUCUUGAGGAUCGUGUAGGUCCUAAUAAAGAUGAAAUGCUUGGUCGUGUAAUCAUACCUUUGGCAAUGAUUGAUAGGCGUGCCGAUGACCGUAUUGUCCAUGGAAAGUGGUUCAAUCUCGAGAAGCCUGUACUUGUUGAUGUGGACCAACUGAAGAAGGAAAAGUUCUCUACUCGGCUUCAUCUCCGUCUCUGUCUUGAUGGAGGUUACCAUGUUCUUGAUGAGUCUACAAACUACAGCAGUGACCUGAGACCAACUGCCAAGCAACUCUGGAAGCCGUCUAUUGGUUUGCUUGAACUUGGUGUCCUUGGUGCUCAAGGGAUUGUUCCCAUGAAAACUCGAGAUGGAAAAGGUUCAUCAGACACCUAUUGUGUUGCUAAGUAUGGGUCGAAAUGGGUAAGGACACGGACCAUCAUGAACAACCCAAAUCCCAAAUUCAAUGAGCAGUACACCUGGGAAGUCUAUGAUCCUGCAACUGUCCUGACUGUUGGUGUUUUUGACAAUGGCCAACUUGGAGAGAAGAGUGGGGAGAAGACAUCUAGUGGCAAAGAUGGGAAGAUAGGCAAGGUUCGGAUACGUCUUUCCACACUCGAAACUGGUCGUGUGUACACCCACUCAUAUCCUCUUCUGGUUCUACACUCAUCAGGGGUCAAAAAGAUGGGUGAACUUCACCUGGCAAUUCGAUUUUCAUCAACAUCUCUGGUAAACAUGUUGUACCUGUACUCUAGACCUUUGCUUCCAAAAAUGCACUAUGUGCGCCCAAUACCAGUGCUUCAGGUUGAUAUGCUGCGCCAUCAAGCUGUCCAGAUUGUGGCUGCCCGACUUAGCCGGAUGGAGCCACCUUUGAGAAAGGAAGUUGUUGAAUACAUGACAGAUUUUGAUUCUCACUUGUGGAGCAUGAGGAAAAGCAAAGCAAACUUCUUCAGACUCAUGACCGUUUUCUCAGGCUUGUUUGCAGUUAGCAAGUGGUUCAAUGGUGUCUGUUCAUGGAAGAACCCCAUUACCACUGUGCUAGUUCACAUCCUCUUUAUAAUGCUGGUGUGCUUUCCUGAGCUCAUACUUCCAACAGUGUUCCUGUACAUGUUUCUUAUAGGGAUUUGGAACUUCCGCUACCGACCUCGUUAUCCUCCACACAUGAAUACCAAGAUCUCUCAUGCAGAGGCUGUUCACCCUGAUGAACUUGAUGAGGAGUUUGAUUCAUUCCCAACCAGCCGCAACCCUGAGGUUGUAAGGAUGAGGUAUGACAGACUCAGGAGUGUUGCUGGAAGGAUACAAACAGUGGUUGGUGAUAUUGCAACACAAGGGGAAAGGGUUCAAGCAUUGCUUAGCUGGAGGGAUCCUCGGGCCACAGCAGUCUUUGUCCUAUUUUGUUUGAUAGCAGCAAUAGUCCUCUAUGUUACACCGCUUCAAGUUAUUGCUGCAUUAGGAGGGUUCUAUGUGAUGAGGCACCCAAGGUUCAGGCAUAGGUUGCCUUCAGUACCAGUAAACUUCUUCAGACGGUUGCCAGCAAGGACCGACUCUAUGCUAUAA